GUGAAACUUUGAGGAGUUUGAGAGAAAAGAGGAGGACCGCAGGAGAAGCCGCAAAAACACCGGCGAGCACCGAGGAGGACAAACAGGAGGUUUUCGUGCCGUUUCUGGAAAUGCUGGAAUUAACCGACCUUUAAACUCAUGUGGAGCUGAAGAAGGCCUCACUGAUUCAGCAGAGACUAGACUCUUGUUGCUGUCUCUAUGCUCAUCAACCUGACAGUGGCCGUCAAGGAACCCCGCGACUUUCAUGGGACUCAAGCUACCUGCCUCACCAGAGGGCCGGACACUGUGGGAGUGAUAGUUAUGGAUUCGCUUCCGGUAGUGACUGCACCUCCACCACCUCUGGUAACGCCACCACCACCGCAACCACCACCACCCCCGCCACCCCCGCUGCCGCCUCCCCUGCCUCCAUCCUCCACCUCAGCUAUUAGCCAUGCAGGCGGCGCCCAUCAGAGCUGCCUCAGGAAGCUGAACUGGGAGCGUAUCCCCAAAGAGAAGGUGGAGGGGAGGAAGAGCGUGUGGAGCGGUGCGGUGCCAGGCGAGGACGAGUUUCCCAUAGACCUCCAUUCUUUGAACGAGCUGUUUGGUCAAAAAGACAGUAAGCCUCGAAACAGAACCAACACUCUGAGACGCCGGUCUUCUCUGCUGGCCUGCAGAUCCCCUCAGGACAGCACCGAGAAGAUCUCCUUAUUAGACUCCAAACGCAGUAUGAACAUUGGAAUAUUUCUGCGGCAGCUCAAGAUACCGGCUAAGGAGAUUAUUGAUGAUAUCCGGCAGGGUGCUGGUGACCGUUACGGAGCAGAGAAGCUCACAGAGCUCGGCAAAUUGCUGCCUGACAAAGAAGAGGAAUCUCGUCUGAAGAGGUUCAGCGGGGAGCACAACUGGCUGGGAGAGCCCGAUCUCUUUAUGCUGCUUCUGGUGGAAGUGCCCAGUUUUCGGCUGCGCCUGGAUGCCAUGAUUCUGCAGCAAGAGUUCGACCCAGCUGUGACCUCUCUGUGUGUGGCAGCCAGAUGUCUGAGGGAGGCAGCCAGAGAACUGCUGAGUUGUCCUGAACUGCACUCCAUCCUGCGCUUGGUGCUGAAGGCAGGAAACUAUAUGAACGCUGGUGGAUAUGCUGGAAACGCUGCUGGUUUCCGAAUUGCAUCGCUGCUAAAGUUGGCCGACACCAAAGCUAACAAGCCGGGCAUGAAUCUGCUGCAUUUUGUUGCUAUGGAAGCUGUGAAAAAGGACCAGAGUAUACUGUCAUUUCCAGACCAACUGGGCCAUGUUGGCUCUGCCGCCAGGUUGUCUGAGGAGUCUGUGUUGGAUGAGUUAUCAAAGUUAAAAAGCAAAGUAGUGCUUCUGAAGGCAAACCUCCACACUGAGCCAGAGAUUCUGAAGCAUGCACAACCUUUCUUGGAGGUGGCUGAGGAGCGCCUGAAGGGUGCCGAGGAUGAGGUGGAGGGCAUGAGGAUGUCCAGUCAGGCUUUGGUGGAGUUCUUCUGUGAGGAUGACAGCACCUUCAAACUAGAGGAGUCUUGCAGGGUCUUCCAUUUGUUUUGCCACCGCUUCCAAAGAGCUGUCCAGGAGAAUGCGGAGAGAGAGGUGAAGGAGCAGAAACGGCUUGAGCGUCAAUGUGAGAUAGGGGAAAAGCGUCGCUCUUUGGCUGUUUGUACGGGGCUGGAACAUGGCCUAAGCUUUGCCCGAGAUCCCCACAGUCAGGACAGGCAGGAUGAGCUGGAGAAAAUCCUACAGAAAAACUUGAGCCACACAUGGGGUCGACGUAGCCUGAGAACUUCUGACCCCCAGAGGUACUCCCACCGCCUCAGGAGCUUCACCGAGCUGGGCAGUAGUCCAACUUCAGCCAGUAUUCAUUCUAGCAGUUCUUCUGACUGCGAGACCACCCCUGUGCCUUGUAGCUCCCCAGAAACAGACAGGAAUGGAAGGUGUUCCCCAACUGAGCAUGAACCAGCUGUAGAUAGAAAGAGCAAGACUCAACUACAUCAAUACCAAACAUCCAAUAGAGCCGCGAAACUGAUUCAGGACUCUCAUGUUGCUACAUUUAGUCAUUCUCAGCAUGGAAGGAGCUUCUCAGUUAAGCAACACGGGGCCGAGACCAUCUCUUACAUGCUGGAAAGCCAACAGACAAUAGAAACAAAGGAAGCAGCAGAUACGUCACGUGGACACAUUUCUUCAACAACCACAGAAUCAUUACAGAUCUCCUACACAAAUUCUUCUGCUGUAAUCACUGCUGCCCAUGUCCAGUGUGUUCAAAACCCAACCCCUGCUUUUAGAUGUAGGCUUGGCCUGUCAGGGACAGACAAUGAUCAAUCUCUUCAGAUUAAAGCUAAUGGCGGUUCUCUUAAUGAGUCUACACGUAUGACUGGAAUAAUGUCUACGAAUGAUGCUAGAACUGAGUCAAUCUACCAGGGCUCGGAGACUGACACACAUCCAUCCACAGAUCCUCUGAAUGGGGUCCAGUUGCAAAAAGAGGAGAUACAGACAGUUACAGUCACAGUUAGUGCUGCAGUGCCUUUGCUUGAUACACCUUUUAUAAAAGAGAACGAUACAGACGUGACUUUAAUGCCUUUGGAAAAGUGGAUGCCCUCCAGUUUACCAGACUGCAGCCAGUCUCAGCCAGAGGAGCGCUCUGAUUUGCAAAAUCCAGAGAGAAAGAUGACCAGAUCAUACUCUCGUGUGGGUGAAAUGUUGGAGUGCUGCACUCUGGUCAGAGGCCUUCGAUCCUAUGAUGUCUUGUCACCUCCGGUUUCUCCCAUUCAAAGACCCGCACCAAGCCUUUGCUCAAAGUGGAGGAAAGAAAGGGAGGCUGACCUUCGAGAAGGGGCCACUCCGAGGUCUCCUGUAUCAAAGGAGGAAACUCAAACAGUGAAGCUUCCUGUACGGAGCGGAAUUGGAGCCAAGAGAGGACUUGUUUUGCGUGCAGGUCCAUCCAAUGGCACAGGCAUUCCCAGAUUGCGUUCCAGAACUGAGGCUUCAAAUGGUGUCCCAGUUCCUGCAAACCUACCGAGUUCACCUCAGGCCAGCCGCCUGUCCUCUCCCCGCAGCGUGUCCAUGCACUCGUCUCCUAUCACACGGCCUGUUACCAUUCAAACUGAGGUAAAACGGAGUAAUAGCACACGGAAGACACACACUGUAAGUGAGGGACAGGCUGCAGUUAAGUCCAUCAACAGCAGCAGGACCUCAGAAACACCAGGACCAGAGAAGGUCUCAGGAAACAACCAGGGAGCUUUUGUUAGAGGAACUCCUCUUCGUGUAUCCAAACGAGUCGCCCCAAAAUCUGAGACUCGGAUUGCAUCCCAGUCUCGCACAACCCACUGCCCGUCUUCUGCUGCAGCUAAGACCAUACGCACCGCUGUCAUAUCUGCAGCCCGAAAUAAAACUGCCAAGGCAACGAGCACAAGCUCCACACCUGCUAACUCUAAAAUCCCUACAACCACACGUAUCCCUGGUCCCAAAAUAUCUCGACCUGCCACAGCUUAACUGAUGUGACGGUGAUGGAAGUGAGAAAGAACUUCUACAGUGCAACCUGACAUUUUAUACCUUUGUGUAAAAUGUGUGUUUUGUACCAAGUGUUUAAAAGUUUGACUUAGUUGAGAUGGAUGUGCAAUGAAAGCAGCACCAUCACGCGUUCACCCACAGUAGUAGAUCUUUUAAAUUCUACCUCUAUUUACAUCCGUGUCCUGUGCAGGCAACAGGACAAAAGAUGUAUCUUUUCUACAUAUGAAUGCGUCUAUCAGUAAAAUUCAUGCAGCUGAAUGAACUCCCCUUUGUUGCAGGUGAAAGCAAAAUAAUGCUGUUUAUGAAAACGGUUCAUUCUGGAAAAUGUUUCAUUCUUUUUGAGAUAUCUUUGUAAUUUUACAAAACGGUCAAAACAACUUUAUACAGUGCCUUUUCUGCAACGUAUAUUGUCACACUUGAUUGCCUUACGGUCCAAACUAGUGGUACAAUUUGGAAUUGUUUUGUCUAGUGGUCUCAUGUUUGUGAUGCACUUUACAAAUUCAGAAAGAGGCCGUGUGGACAAAAUUGCUGUAAUGUCUUUUGCAAUUUUUAUUUUGGAUUAUUGUAUAAGUUUAUUGAAGAGUUUUGAUUGCUAUUCACUGCAAUAUGUGCGUCUGUAAAUGAGAGAGAAAAUAAAG